UGGAAAAAAAAAAGACUUUGUCCCGUCAGCUCAGAUAAUAGUUGAUCUAUUAACGUCAGACACACUCUCCACAGGAAAUGAUGCCACACCUUAAACGACAUUUGAGCAGGUAAACGGUGAACACUAAGCCAGAAGAAAACGUCUUCAUCACACUGCGUGAGUACCUGCCUGUACUUGUAUGAGCUGAAUGGGGCAGCGAGGCUCCACGCAACCCGAGGCCCGGGUCCUCAUUCUGGGGCUGGACAACGCGGGUAAGUCGACCCUCCUGUACAAGAUGAAACACGAUAGGUUGGUCGGCACCGUCCCCACAGUCGGCUUCAAUGUGGAAAUGUUCGACGUGAAGAGGAAAAAGAAGAACUUCGCUCUGACCGUGUGGGACGUGGGCGGCCAGGCGGAAAUGCGUCGCCACUGGCGGAGCUUCCACCAGGACACGGCGGCCGUCGUCUUCGUGGUAGACAGCGCCGACCGGGCCAGGGCGCCGGAGGCAAAGCGGGAGUUGGAGCGCACACUGAGGAGCGAGCAGCUCCGCGGCAGCCCGCUCGCCGUACUCGCCAACAAGCAGGACGUGGACGGCGCUAUGACCGUGAUGGAAAUCAUGGACGAAUUUAACCUGCGGAGGAUUUGCGGGAACAGGGACUGGUUCAUCCAACCGUGCUCCGCGUCCGUCGGCUUCGGCCUGGCGGAGGCUCUCACGAGGAUCGGCCACAUGGUCAAACUCCCGUCGGAAUCUUCGGUCACGAUGAAGGAGAACAUUAAAGACACCGUGAACUACAUAAGAACUAAGUCUAGUAAUCGCUGAAGGUGGAUUUGGAUUUUGGACUCCCUCGGUAUGUUAACACUGACGCAGUUGUACCAGAAUUCAUUCGAGGUGCGGCCUUGAAAAGUGGGCAACGCAAUACAUCUUCCACGAUACAAAUUUCAACCAUUUUCACUUCACUUUUGUAAGCAAGUUUUACUUGGGUAAACCUCAAUACUGUAAUUGAAACGUCGACGUCAUUUAAGCUAAACAUGGACUGCAGUUUUGAAAUCUUAAAAACACUCGCAGCAUUACUUUAUCCCGUUUUCAUCAAAUGCAAUCAC